CGCUGACGGGCGGAGAGAGGGUGUUAUGAUGGACUCCGCCUGAGGUAAAGUCUGGCCCUCGCGCGCCUUGUUUGGAGCCCCGGCUCCCCUUCAGGAACUUAAUUAAAAUGCUGCUGUCGAUAGGAAUGCUAAUGCUGUCUGCCACUCAGAUUUACACCAUUCUCACAGUCCAGCUGUUUGCUUUCUUAAACCUGUUGCCUGUGGAGGCAGACAUUUUAGCAUAUAAUUUUGAAAAUACAUCACAGACAUUUGAUGACCGGCCAGCAAGGUUUGGUUACAGGUUGCCGUCAGAAGGCUUAAAGGGGUUUCUAAUAAAUUCAAAACCUGAGAAUGCAUGUGAACCCAUAACUCCUCCACCCCUGAAAGACAAUUCUUCACGUACAUUCAUUGUAUUAAUCAGAAGACUUGAUUGCAACUUUGACAUAAAGGUGUUGAAUGCACAAAGAGCUGGCUAUAAAGCAGCCAUAGUUCAUAAUGUUGAUUCUGAUGAACUCAUUAGCAUGGGAUCCAAAGACAUUGAGGUUUUAAAGAAGAUUGACAUUCCAUCUGUCUUUAUUGGUGAAUCAUCUGCUAAUUCCCUUAAAGAAGAAUACACUUACGAGAAUGGAGGCCAUAUUGUGUUAAUCCCAGAGUUCAACCUCCCUUUGGAGUACUACCUAAUCCCAUUCCUAAUCAUUGUGGGGAUCUGUCUCAUACUUAUAGUUAUUUUUAUGAUUACAAAGUUUGUCCAGGACCGACAUAGAGCAAGAAGGAAUCGGCUUCAAAAAGAUCAGCUUAAGAAGCUGCCAGUACAUAAAUUCAAGAAAGGAGAUGAGUACGAUGUUUGUGCCAUUUGUCUGGAUGAAUAUGAAGACGGGGAUAAGCUCAGAAUCCUUCCAUGCUCUCAUGCAUACCACUGCAAGUGUGUGGAUCCCUGGCUGACUAAAACCAAGAAAACGUGCCCUGUGUGUAAACAAAAAGUAGUUCCUUCCCAAGGUGAUUCAGACUCUGAAACAGACAGCAGUCAGGAAGAAAAUGAAGUCUCUGAGAAUACUCCUUUGCUUAGGCCACUUGCUUCGGUCAGUACUCAGUCUUUUGGGGCAAUGUCUGAGUCUUACUCCCAUCCAAACAUGACAGAGUCUUCAGACUAUGAGGAGGAGGAGGAGGAAGAUAUCGACAGUAGCGACGCCGAAAAUGGAGCAACAGAAGAGAGUGUAGUAGUCCAGCUUCAGCCCAAUGUUGAACAAGAUUACAGAGUUGCAAAUACUGUUUGAACUUCAGGACUGCAAACAAAAUAGUGUUACAUGAACUCCUCUGGCCAGAGAACUCUACUUUAUGUAUGCGUACAUAGGGGAAGCACAUUGUGACCCUCCAGUUGCUUCAGUGUAAGCAGCUUAUCCUAUAGUGUAUAGUUUAAUCUCAUUACGUUUUCUCCUUUUUUGUUUUGUUCGUAUUUGUCUUUUGAAGACAAGCAUUUUAACUGGACUUCAAAGUAGUCAUGAGUAACAACAGGCGCUCCAGUCACUGCACACAAAUACAGAUGCCACUUCACUUGUCAGCAUCUUUUUUAAAUGGAGUCAAGCCAAGAUCUUAAAUAUUUUUCUCUACAUACAAUAUGUAGGUAAGCAGAGGUUAUAUUGACAGAUUUAUCAAAUGUAUAUUGAGUGCUACCCCACAAACCCAACAAAAAAAGCAUAUAGGUAUGUCUGAGAACUUUUCACAGAAAAGCUGUUAUUACACAUAUUACACACAAAAAUGGAGCCUCUCUAGUAUUCUAUCAAGAUCAUUUUCAGCAGAAGAGCUUUGUUCUCUAGAGAAAGAGCCUUUCCAGUAAUCCCAUUGCGCAGUUCAAUCCUCACUUUAUUUUCUUGAGAAAAGGUUUUGGCCUUAAUCAGAACAGUGUAUUCUUUAGCACAUACCACUAUUAUCAACUCAACUAAAUUUUUUCAUAAUAGGAGUGGGGGGGGGACGGAUGACCAAAACGAAAACACCCAAGUCACACCACAUAUAGAAAACUGAGUUGUAUUGUGUGUGCUCUUUUCACAAAUAAUAUACCUCUUAAUAAGGAGCAUGUGAAGUUGCAUUCGUCUGCUAAAACUAUGCACACAGAGAAAUCAUACUUCAAGUAUUGGGUUUGAAAAUGAGUGCUUAUAAAUAUUUAACAGGAUUCCACUUACAGUGUAUCAUGAAAAAAUUAAAUUAUAUACAGUUGUAACUAUGUAGAAAGUAACCACACUACUGUAUAAUCAAACUGCAGAAAUUUUUAUAUGGCCUUGUAUAGGAAAGUUUGAAAGAAUGUUAAUAAACAUGUUUUCCACUUUA